UUACUGAUAAAUAGUAAUACAAAUUUAAAAACGUGCAAUUCACUUAWGUUAAUAUUUAUUAUUUACUAAAUAGAAGUCGUUAAUAAAGAAGUAUUCCAUUUUCAGAAUUACAAAAUGGCAGCUGAAGAAUUACAAAAAAAGUUUCAAACAGAAUUGGAUGCUUUAAAACAAUGUCAAAAAGAAAUUAAUCAAUUAGUUGGAAAUCGUCAACAGUUGGAUGGUCAACUAAAUGAAAAUUCAAUUGUCAAAGAAGAGUUAGCUCUUUUAAAAUCUUCAGGUGAAGUAUAUAAAAUGGUUGGCCCUAUAUUAUUGCGUCAAGAUCAUACAGAAGCUAAAGAAAAUAUUGACAAACGUAUGAGUUAUAUAAAAAAUGAAUUGCAAAGAAUUGAUGACCGGGUACAUACAUUAGAAGAAACACAAGAAAAAUAUAGGGAGUCACUUACUAAAUUACAACAACAGUAUCAAGCUCAACAAAUAAAAAAGUGAUUUGUUAUCAAUUAUUUUGAUUUACAAAUCAACUUAUGAAAAAUUAUUCUACUAAUU